AUGACUACCACACCAUAUCACGACGAAACAGACCAGAUCGUCAAUCAAUUAGCCACCCUUGCAGCUACCGUGAGCAACACAUCAAGCAACAGCGCCCCAUCAUCGACUGCUGCCUCCAUAGCAGAGCCCCAACCGGCAGCACCCAAACCUAAACUAGAACAACCAGAAGAAGAAGAAGAAACAUUCUACCAUCUUCGCAGUCUGAUAACAGUCUCCUGCUUGCCACAGCAUACAUCAGGCCAUACACAAACCCCCUCAACCUCAACACUAAGCUCUAAAUCAGGGAAACGCAAAAGUCAAAUCUUUGAUCGGAAGAGAGCCUCAUCAAUUUUGAGUUUACAUCUUGGUGAUCUGCCGAGCUUGCCGUUUUCCUCGAAAGGGAAAGUCAAAGGGAAAGUCUCGCGCAAGCCUUGUCCGAGAUACAGUCCUCUUCCUCCGCCAUUUGUGCAGAAGAAGCUUGCUAUUCGGCCUGAGGUGCGUUUCUAG